AAAAGAGUCCACAGCCAAAAACAAAGUUGGAGCCGUAGUAUUAUUUCAGCAGUCACUUAGUUGCGUUCGUCGUGCUGUCUCCGAGACUGCUUGCUGGCUUUUCCCUCGAGUUCGCUUCAUCGUCCCCGUUGGAUCUCACGGUCAGACGAGAAGAGAGACUGACAAAAGAGCGAUGAAAGACUCUCUGUGUCCGACUGAGGGAACAGAAUUUCUCCCUUCGCAAGACAUAACACAAGGAUCUGGCUCAGCACAGGAGUCCACUUCCCAAAGAAGGCGACGGUAUGCUCUUGUUACUGGUAUAAUCUUAGGAACGACACUUGGUACUCAGAACGAUGGCAUUUGCAGUACGUGGCCGAACGUCUUUGCUUCGGACAUGGAAACUGACAGAUCGACGAUAUAUAAUUCCUCACUCGAAGUAACAGACUGGCAACUAGAUUUUAUGAGUAGUAGUUUCUUCAUUGGAAGCUUGCCAGUCAUUGUGGUCAGUGGAAUGUUAGUGUCAUGGCUAGGACGGCGGAAGUGUAUGAUCAUCUGUUCAGUUCCUGGGGCUAUAGGCUGGACCCUUAUAGCCCUCGGCUAUAACGUGCCUAUGAUCUUUGUAGGAAGAUUCCUCUGCGGCGCAGCUCACGGCCUACAAGGUAUAGCAGCUCGCAGCUACCUGGCGGAGAUCUCCGACGCCAAAUUCCGAGGCGCUGCCGGAAUGACAACCGAGACGAUGAAAGGCAUUGGCUUCAUCCUCAUCAUUGCCUUGGGGAUCCUCAUGCCGUGGUAUUACACGGCCCUGUUCUCUGCUUGUCAUUUCAUGCUCUUUGGGAUGGUAGUGGCUCCUAUCAUUCCCAGAAGUCCCUCCCAUCUCAUCGUCAAGGGGAAAGAAGAAGAGGCCAUUAAGAUUCUCAGAAAGCUCAGGGGACCCGACGUCGACCACAGAGCAAUGGUCAGACAGCUCAAGCAGGAGAAUGAAAAAGCCGUCGGAAUUGCCUUUUGGAAAGUGUUCUUCCAAUCCGACGUGUUCAAAAGGUACCUGGUAGUUGCUGGGUUGUUCUUCAUUUCCAACUUCAGUGGCGUGGAGGUCAUCAGGGGGAAUGCCACGCGUAUGCUGCGGGCGUCUGGUGUAGCGUUCGACAAGGACAUCACGACGAUGAUCGUGUUUUGCGUUGUACUCGGAGGCAGCAUUUCACAGGUCCUCAUCCUGGACUGGGUUGGCAGGAGGAGGUGUUUGUUGGCAUCCUUGGUCCUGCUGGUCAUUGGCUACGCUUCGUUGGGAACAUACGUCUUCCUAAAUACUGAAGAAGUUGAAAUGGGUGCACCCAGUCUGAUGCAAAAUUUCACUAUUUCUGAUGAUUCUAGUUUUGAAACUGGGAGCGACUGGAGUUGGGUCCCCAGCCUCAUGCUCAUGACUGUGGCAUUUGGCAGUAGUUUGGGCAUCGGGUCGUUACCAUGGUUACUCUCCACGGAGUAUUUUCCCACGACAAUUCGACCUAAGGUACUUGCGAUCUGCUCUAUAACAGCCAACGUGACCUCGAUCGCAGCACUACAACUCUACAGCCCACUGCAGAGCCUUUUGACCCCAGCAGGCCUUUAUUGGUUGUACGGAAGCUUCUCUGCGCUGGGCAUAGUGUUCACUUUAGUCUUCGUCUAUGAAACUAAAGGUAUCACCAUAGGGUAACGAACACACCUUCGUCCUUCUCAAGUUCAGAUCAUACGGUCGUCAUUUUGAGUAUUGAGUUUUUUGUAGUCUGUCAUUGAUUUGUGAAGGACCUUAGUUAAGGAUAUUGGCAAAAUCUUUCAUUCGACGUUUUCUUAUCACUCUUUGCAGUGUUAGGAAAAGCAGUUGUGUUCAUUUUUAAUGUUGAUUUUUCAUGACUACAUCAGCAGGUUUUAUAUAGCGUCAACUGAAGUACUUUCAUAUUUCAUGAUCAUUGAUUUUAAAUGACUCAUUCCACAUCAACCUGCAAUGACUGCAAUGCUACACAGGUGACACAAAUUGUAUUUUAAAUAAUUCACAGCAGAUGGCAGCAUGAACUUACGAAGCAGUAUUACAGGUAUACGUGAGAGAGAGAGAGAGAGAGAGAGAGAGAGAGAGAGAGAGAGAGAGAGAGAGAGAGAGAGAGAGAGAGAGAGAUGCAUACUGUUAUUGCUUAUAUAUAAAAUAAAACAUAACACGUCAAUAAAGUUGCUACUAAAUAAUAUUUAAUACAUCUGAUAUUUCCAUUUUUAUCUGCCAUGAUAUCGCUCCCCACAGGAAAUGAAAAUAAAAGGUAUUUUCAUAUAUACCCUAAGAAAAAUAUAUAUAGUUUUGA